CUUACACUUUCACACAGUAAUACAUAAUCUAGCCAAGGACUAUGUCAGAGAACACAGGUAUAUCAUCACUCUAAUACAAGGAACCCACCUGGCUGGAGAGGUAACUCACCUGGGCAGAACCAUCAGUGUGACCUGAAUACCUGGAGAGACCAGGAUCUUACACUUUCACACAGUAAUACAUAAUCCAGCCAAGGACUAUGUCAGAGAACACAGGUAUAUCAUCACUCUAAUACAAGGAACCCACCUGGCUGGAGAGGUAACUCACCUGGGCAGAACCAUCAGUGUGACCUGAAUACCUGGAGAGACCAGGAUCUUACACUUUCACACAGUAAUACAUAAUCUAGCCAAGGACUAUGUCAGAGAACACAGGUAUAUCAUCACUCUAAUACAGGGAACCCACCUGGACAGAGAGGUAGCUCACCUGGGCGGAGCCAUCAGUGUGACCUGAAUACCUGGAGAGACCAGGAUCUUACACUUUCACACAGUAAUACAUAAUCCAGCCAAGGACUAUGUCAGAGAACACAGGUAUAUCAUCACUCUAAUACAGGGAACCCACCUGGCUGGAGAGGUACCCCGGAUUUAGAGGAGGUUUAUGUGAGCGGGCACUCACUAACCUCAGAAAAUGCAGCAACCGGCGACCCCUUGGCGGGAGGAUUUGCAGCUGUUGGAUCCAUUUGAAUACAUGGAAGUUAAAUGGGACUUUGUGCUGGUGUGCAACAGCAGCUCAUUGGAUAGCACUGAGGAAGAGAAGAGGCGCAAGUACAUGUCUGAGUUGGAGAAGAAAUGCUUCAAGAUAAAGAAAGUUCGGGAUGGGGAGAAGAUAUUUUAUGGAGUUCUGGCACCCAAGGAUAUCUUUAGGAAAUAUAUCAGACUUCUGAAGAACCCAGACGAAAACAGCGGUCUUAAUCACACCAAUACGGACCAUGUGUUUCACACAACAAGGAUUCGAAUAGUUCAUUUUAUUUUACAAAAGACUUCCAUCCAAUCAGAUGGUAUAAAAGAGAAUUUAGAGGAUCUCAUAAAACAUGGUGUUUUUGAGACCGUUUUCCCUUUGCAUGCCCUUGAAGACCAGUGUGGUAAAGAGCUUAAGAAGAAAUGGGCUCGAUGGAGGGACGUCAUAUACACCCAACCCGUGGCAGAGAUCAGGGAAUAUUUUGGGGAGAAGGUGGCUCUGUAUUUUGCAUGGCUUGGCUGGUACACCAUCAUGCUUUUUCCAGCAGCUGUAAUUGGUCUCGUGGUCUUCUUGUAUGGAUUUGUACACUUCAACUCCAGCCUGAUAAGCCAGGAGAUAUGCGCAGCCAACACCACACUUAUGUGUCCCCUCUGUGACCAAAACUGUCCAUAUUGGCCACUGUCUGACACCUGCACAUAUGCCAAGGUGACACAUUUAUUUGACAAUGAGGGCACAGUAUUCUUUGCGAUGUUCAUGGCUCUCUGGGCCACAGUAUUCUUGGAGCUGUGGAAGAGACAGCGGGCAAGUGAUGUCUCAGGAUGGAAUCUGUACAGCUGGGAUGAAGAUGAGGAGGAGCUGGCUCUAGAACUCAUCAACGACCCAGAUUGUGCCAUCCAGAAACACCAGCAUUCGUAUCUGCGAUCCACUCUCGUUCUGCUAGGAGUCGUAGCUGUGAUCGCUGUACUGAUCGGUAUAGCACAAGCUCUAGUUAUCUAUCGAGUGGUAGCCACUGUAUCCUUUAUGCGCUCGGAGUGGGAGUUGCUCAAAGAACAUGCCAACACGGCCGCUGUCAUGUCAGGAGCUGUGCUUCAUUACUUGACUAUUGUCAUCAUGACCAAGGUUAACCGCAUGGUCUCCACAUAUCUAUGUAAUCUUGAGAAACCCCGCACUUUCACAGAUCGAGAAAGCAGUUUUACCACAAAAGUAUUCACCUUCCAGUUUGUCACUCACUUCUCGUCUCUAUUCUACGUGGCAUUUUUCCUUGGAAGAAUUAACGGGUAUCCUGGAAAUUAUGUGCGGAUUGCGGGUCACUGGAGGUUGGAGGAGUGCCAUCCAAGCGGCUGCAUUACUGAUCUAUUUAUACAAAUGUGUAUAAUUAUGAUUCUCAAGCAGACACUCAGCAACUGUGUGGAGUUUCUCUCCCCGUAUUUGCGUUUCAAGUUCCGCAAUCUGAAGGAACGGAGGAGUAGGGUGCACAGUGAGAAAGGGUCUGAAGACCAUGCCAUGGAUACAUGGAGAGCAAACUACAGACUGGGUGCUGUACACACCUUCAGUCUGUUUGAUGAAUUCCUGGAGAUGGUCAUCCAGUACAGUUUCACGACCAUCUUUGUGACUGCAUUUCCUCUCGCCCCACUCUUGGCCUUUAUCAACAAUAUUCUGGAGAUCCGAUUGGAUGCAAUAAAAAUGACUCGCUUACAGCGCCGCCUAGUGCCGAGGAAAGCCAACGACAUAGGAAUUUGGCUUCAGGUUUUAGAGGCCAUCGGAGUUCUUGCAGUCAUCACGAAUGGUUUGGUCAUUGCGGUCACGUCUGACUUUAUCCCCAGACUCAUAUACAAAUAUGUCUAUGGACCCUGCGGCCAAGGGAACCCUGAAGGAGUCGAUUGUCUCACAGGGUACAUCAAUCAAAGUCUGUCCACGUUCCGUACUCAGGACUUCGAGCUUCUGACAGAGGUCUCGGAGCCCCCAAAUACCACCAUAACGGAAUGCAGGUUUCGGGAUUACCGAUCUUCCGAUGAUUACAGCUUCUCGGUGCAAUUCUGGCAUAUCUUUGCUGCCAGACUGGCUUUUGUCAUUAUUUUCGAGCAUGUGGCCGUGUGUAUUAAGUUUGUUGCUGCUUGGUUUGUGCCGGAUGUCCCUCAGAAUGUGAAAAACCGAAGCCUGAAGGAUAAACACGACGACCUACUUAAGGAACUGAGUGAAAUGCCAGAAGAUUAUGAUGACAUUCCCAAUGACAUCUCCCCCCAUGCAUACAGAGAUCUACUAGUGGAAGCCAGUUUGAUAGAGCGCUCCACUGAAGUAUGAGAGCCUUGCACGUUUCAAAGUACUCCCAGACCUGGACCUACACAGAGCCUGCAAAAAUAGCACAACGCCGGCGUGACGCUCCGCAGGAUGUCCUCUAUCCCCAAACAAAUGUGUUGUGUAAUGUGUUUUUGUAAUUAUUGCU